GUGUAUCAGGAAACAAUGGACAUUAACUCAGAUGUUUCCACGGGUCCAUCAGUAUAUUUACGCGUCAAGUGGUGCGUGUGUGUGUGUGUGUGUGGAGAAACACAUCAGCCGGGCAGUGUGCUGGACUCCUUCCUGCUGUGUUCGAAUGUCUCACUGCGGAUAAAGGAAGCUUCAUCGCUGGUGCCUCAAGGUGUGCAGGGGUUCCCCAAGACGACUGAGGAGGCCAAGCUCAUGUCUUCGCGCAAGCCUCGAGCUGCCAUCCCCAUCCCUCGCUCGCCUGAGGAAGUUAUGAGCUUCCCGGUGUCGUCGCGAAACAACGAGAUCUGUGGCAUCCGACGCAACUCUGUGCCUGACCUCUUCACCAGAAUCGUGGGCGGCACGGAAGCUGAGAGAAACGAGUUUCCGUGGCAAGUGUCGCUGCAGUACGUGAGCAACUGGUAUACACACCACAUCUGCGGAGGCACAGUCAUCGACCAGCGGUGGAUCAUGACCGCCGCCCACUGCACGCACAUCUACCAAAGCUACCAGCUUAUCGUGGUGGCCGGGGAGCACAAUCUUAAGCGCAAACAUGGAGAGGAACAGACGCGCAACAUAGAGACCAUGAUAGAGCACCCGCAGUACAAUGCGAGGACUCAGGAGUACGACAUGGCCAUGAUCAAGUUGUCGCAGCCGUUGAUUCUGGAUGGCGUUACCGUCUCGCCCAUCUGCCUGCCGCCCUACUUUAAACAAUUCAUGGGUGACGGCUUGGUGACAGGCUGGGGCGACACUGAGGAGGGUGGGGAGAGUUCGGACGUAUUGAUGAAGGUGGUGGUGCCCAUCAUCACUGAUGAGGAGUGUCGCGAUGACUACCGCGCCAUCGGCUACUCCGGCCCCAUCACCGACAACAUGAUGUGCGCAGGAUAUCCCGCUGGAGGCAAGGACGCCUGCCAGGGUGAUUCAGGAGGCCCCUUCAUAUGUUUGGGAGAUGACAAACGCUACUACCUGGCGGGUGUGGUGUCAUGGGGAAUCGGGUGUGCCCAGCCUGGCGUGCCUGGCGUGUACACUGAGGUGAGUCACUUCGUCCCCUGGGUGAUUGACGUGAUCAGUAACCGCUUCCUUAAGUCGCCCCGCCCCAUUUCCAUGCGCGUGGGUAUCGCCGAGAGCCAAGGGACCACCGCUGAUGCUACCGAAGGAGAAGAAGAGCAGACCAACAUUACUGACGAUGGUUCUGUAACCCUCACCUCAAGCAUGCCACAGCAACAGCAGUAACUGGAGCGCCGCCAGGACACUGUUUCUAUCAGCACUACAGCUCAAGGCGCGGAAGGCUGCGGGAUGAAGGAUAAAAAUGACUCGGACUGUUUUACUGAAUUAUUCCACACUGAAGACCAAUAUUCGAAAGACCUGUAACUGUAAUGAGAGACUGCGUAAUGUACAAAUAUAACUACUGUGCACACGUCAGGAAACACUUUAAACGUGCUUUUACUUACUUAUAUUAUCCAUCAUUGAAACGAGGAGAGGCUGCCAAGUGUUGAGUGUUCGCAGCAAUGGUCUGUACUUUACACCUGUUAUCAAGUAAGAACAUAGGGAAGUAUAAGGGAAGAUGCAAGAAACUAAGCCACUUUAAUAAAACAACGAUCCUAUAUAUACACAUACCUACUCCCCAUAAUGUCCCUAUACUGGUAAAAGGGGAAUAUUUAUGUCUUUUAUUUAUGUCUAACAUUAAAGAACACAUAAGAUUUGUACUAAUCUAUGGUAAAGCACUGACCGGAUCUCUAUAAACACGUGACUCCGGGGCUGCAUCCUCAAGAGCUUGGUGGUCACACAGGGUUGUCCUUGAGAUCACAGAUUAUUCUUCUGUCUUUCUGUUUGCGUUUGUCUGCCUGUUUAGCAAGUUUUCGUAAUGAUGGAAGACAAAAUUGGUACUCUACUACUGCAACUGGUGUGCUUCUCAGGACAUGGCAGUGACAGCGUUAUUGGCCACAACGCAGGACCUUCACGCUGGAUUACCUACCUAUGCUGACCAGACAGGACGCCCGCCGCGCUUCCUUCCCCUGUGUUGGAGCGCAUGUAUCUCUCUCUAUUACUCCUACUAGUGUAAGUGAGUGAACGUGUAUACCCUUUGUCGCCUGAGUAUUUAUUCGAUAAACGUUAAUUUACAAAUUUUG